GCAUGAAGGUUUGUGUUAAAGUGAUAUCUCUCUGUGAAGAGGUGCACAGACCCAUCAAACAGUUUGAAAUGCAUCGGUCCUGCCACCCUAUGUUUAAUUACUGUGAAAAUAUAUUCAACCAGAAAUCGUGGGAGAGAGCCUACAAAGACCACAGGAGAAAGGUUGAGAAUGCCAAAGCAGUAGUGGAUUGUAGUUCUCCUUUGAUCUACAACCAUAUUCAACUCAAUCUAAAGAAAUUCAAGAAGGAGACAGAAAGACUUCGAUUCAUUGAGAGAGAAAAUCGCUGGCUGAUGGAGAGGAUAGCUUUCAGCAUGAGGACUCACAAUGCAUGUGACUUCUUAAAUGACUACAGACAAAGAUGGUAAUAAAGAAGGAGGAGAGGGCGGAAGGUAGAGGAGAAACUUCAGGCAACUCCAGAGGACUUUUCCACUAAGUCAGAGAUAGGUUAUAAUCUGAAUUGACAGAGGGAGUUCCCACAUUUGGAGUUCCCUCCCCACACUGAUGAAAUCACAGAUCCUUCAGGUAUUAGAAUAGUAACAAUAAUAUUUUAUCCCUUGUACAAUGGUUCAUAGAACGUUAGGUAUCAUAAUAGUCGAAUAUAAUAAUUUUAAAUUAAAUAAUAGCAGAAUAGUGUCUUGUCUCAGGACUGAUUCUAUUAGAAACCCACCAAAAAAGAUGAGGAUGGGAUAAUAACAACUCACUUUUAAAUAGUGCUUUAAGGUUUCCCAAGCACAUUUUAUUAUCACCACUAUUCCUAUAUACCAAAGGAACAACUCCAGGGUGUAUGACAUUAUUUAAGAGUAUUUGAUGGCUAAGCAAAAUGUUGCAAAUGAAAAUGAAAAAAGCAUGAAAAUGAGCUUGAGGAAUGCAGCAUUUUAAUCCAGUUUUUUGCUUCAUUUAGUAUUGUAUUUUCCCCCAAUUACAUGUAAAAACUAUUUCCAACAUUCAUUUUAAAAAUUGAG